UUAUGCUGGAGCUGAAAGGAAAUACAUCAAGCAAACCGUGCUUUCUGGAGUUUUCGUCCCCCGAAUUACCAUUUCUCUUUUUUGAUCAGUGAUUCAAUGUACAGAUGAUGUGGUAAAGUUUCUUAAAAUUUGUCUAGUACGUCAAGUAUGUCGAGGAUUAUUAAUAUAGGUACCAUUGCGGCAUUAGUGACGUUUAUGCUUAUCAUGGUCUCACCGAUACACUCAAGCACCAACGGACAUCACAAUCUCUCAGCAAGUGCCCUCAAGCCUGAGAACUUGACCGCAGGUAGGGUCAGUGUUGAAGACUUCCUGUCCGAGAAUGACCUUUCCAACGAGUCCCAUCCCAAGACGACAGUUGGGUCUGAGGACGAUGAACAGGCGAGCAAAAACAAUUCCGAUUUAAAAUCGGGUAUAGUAUCGACUUCCUUCAAUCGUGAGGCUUCUACUGAAUUGGCCGCCGACAAUCCAAAUACCAUCUGUCCGAAUAUACGAGGUGCGAGUGUACGAAAAACCGUCGUGAAAUGCCAUUGUCAAGGGAUGGAAGUUUAUGUGAAUGGGAAGUGUCAACCUCAUGAAGGAGUUGUCGUCCCGGUGAAGCAUCAUAAGUAUUUUUCAAAACUGGAAAGUAUAAGUAACUUCAAUGUAACAAUCCAGGACGUGAACUGUGAUCCAGAUCAUUACUUGACAAUGAACUUCACUGAGAAUCAGUUCCAGCUGAGAAAUAGGGGUGACAUUGUCCUUCUUGAGGAUGCUGGUGACCUAGAGGAGCAGCGCAUCAACAAGUAUUGUCUCAUUCAUCAACUGGACAGUCAACAGUACCUGACAUGGACGGUGAAGACUUGUGUACCCAAACCGUAUGUCCCUAGAUGCUGUUCUUUUGGAUCCGCAAUGAAAGAUGGUGUAUGUCAGUCUGUUAAGACUCCAAGAAUACUCAAACCUCCUAUAAUUGUAAAACCUCAUUCCGAAAAAGCCGUGGGUGGGUUAAAUAUAAAUAACUACACCAAUAAUUUAAUUUGCAAAUCUGAGCCCAUGCAAACAAUUCCUCUUGGUAAUAAUGGUUCGCAUUUGUUAUUAUUAGCCGAUGGUUUGACUCUCAUGUGGAAGCCUAGCGAACCUCGUCUUCAAGAAAAGGUUCAUUUUUGUCCACACUAUUGCAUUGAUGGCGUCGAACACAGUAAUGGAACAGUGGAAUACUUUGUAAGUUUUUGCUACAUGACUAGGAAAGAGGCCCAUUUGAAAGCUUGUGAAAAGGAGCCUUGUAUUCGUAAAUGCUGCAAAGAAGGGAACUCUUAUGAUACUGAGAAAAAAAAAUGUGUUACAGAUUCCAACUCCUCAUUUAAUCUUACGGAUAUAACUAGUUCAUCAUCAUACAAAAUUCUCUUUGGUGAACCACUUUGCGACUACUUCGCAGAGGAAGAAAAAGAAAUAAAAAUAAACAGCGAUGGACAAUUAAUAAUUUUUAAUGAGGGACAUUACCUUUCCACUGACUAUUGCGUGGAUAUCAUCUUCAAUAAACCAAAUCGGACACCAAGUGCCUUUGUGUGUGGCAAUCGCCCUGUCACGUGGAAAACAACACGGAUCAUCAUAAUCCCGAUUGCUAAACUAAUUUCUUUGGUCUUUCUGUUUUUAUCCAUCGUGUGCCACCUGUUCGUCCCUAAACUUCUGGCUCGUGGUGGUGUACAUCAGCUGUGUCAUAUACUAUCUCUAACCAUCGCUUACAGCACUGCCUUCACUUUGAAUUUCUUUCAUAAAGACAUCGUCAAUAAUUUCAAUCACUGCUUCGGUCUCGCUAUUGGUAUUCAGUAUGGGUUCCUAGCAACGUUCUUUUGGCUAAACGUCAUGUGCUUCGAGGUCUGGAGGAAAAUCAGGAAUCUUACGAAGUACCAGCAAUCGAAGAUGUACCCUGAAAUUUUCUUCAUGUUGUAUGCCUGGGGAAUACCUUUAUGCAUAUGUGCAGUGACAAUAAUGAUGCAGUUUAUAGAACCUCAUCAGGUCAGGGGGGAGAUCAGGCCAUAUAUAGCCAUAAGUAAAUGUUGGUUUGAUGAAGAUGCUGGUCUUUUUCUCUACUUCUAUGGUCCUAUCGCUCUUCUGUGUUUCUGCAACAUAGUGCUUCUAAUCCAUACACUGAAGAACAGUAGGGCAAUCCUCCAAAAUUCUGAAGCAGGUUUUUACCAGAAGUUGACCCUUUUUGCCCUGUCUGUGUUCUGCUGGUCUACAGAAGUUUUGUCGUGGAAAAUCCCCCCAGAAGAACUCUGGGCACUCACUGACAUCCUGAACGCUCUUCAAGGUCUCUUCGUAUUCAUAAUUCUGCUGACAAGCCAAAGUAAACGUAGGCUGAUAGAGGAAAGGUUUCCCUUACCGUUCCGAUUAGCAAGAAGAUGCUUAGGUACAAUCUGCAAGGCUAAAAGAGAACCAGCAGUUGAGGGCCGGAGGGACACGCCCUUUGCAGCCGAAUCCUCAACGUCAGACUCAAUAUCAAACAAGACUGCAUCUUCUGUUCUUGAAUUGUCAUCCUAUUCCUCUGGAAGAAGUACGUCUGAAGGCUGCGAAGCUUCCGAGCGAGUUUAAUACAUCUGGACUUGCUUUGCUUCCUAAACUGUCAAUUUUACGUGUAGUUACCAGUUCAAAAUGUCUCCCACUGUAGCCUCUUCAGAGUUCAGCGUGUUCAAGACUAUAAACUACAGGUAUUAAAUGUACAAUUGGCUUUGAUAUAAUUGGAGGAAUUUUCCCAUUGCUAAUUCUUGGAGUUUAAUAAAAGGAUAAAGAUCUGCAUAUUCUUAUUGCUUUACAAAUACUGCGGUAUGAUGCUAUCAAGAAUAUACUUCGUGAGCACAACAUAUGCUUACUCCAUAUUGUUCAACAACAACUUUAACCGAGUAUGGUUUUGAUUCCAGAGAUGACCAAUUUUUUUGAAUUUUCAGUAAUCGCAAAUUUACAUUUACCUAUAUAUAUAUUGAUAUUCCAAUACACCAUUUUGUUUCUUUAAAGUAAAUACGAGGAUAUGAUUCUUCACAUGAAAAUUUUGAAACUAUUGUUGCGGUUAAUUUGGGAUUUCCUCAAAAGUAUCGCGAAAUUCGUUAGAGAAAUUAAUAUUUGUACCUCCCUUGACACUCCCAAAAGGCAAUCCAAAACUGGACCAACAAAUAUUAAACUAUUUCCUGAUGUAUUAUAUUAUGCACGCAAUGGAGACGAAAAAAAAAGAUGAAAAAAA